AACAAAACUUCACAAUGUUCAGUGAAUUACAGAUAACUCGACAAAACUUCAUUGUCACUUUUUGUAAAUAACGGUUCCACGCGUAGAUUUGUUGUUUAUAAUGAAUGGGUUUCAAGCAUUAACACUGAUCAUCAGGUGGAAGGAGUUACAUCAUUUCAUCAUUCCUGUUUUAUUCUGUCACCGUCAAUAAUGAUUGUUAAUGGAAUCAACAAUCAGUUAGGCGAUCGUCCUUUUAUAGUUUCUUUACAAAUGAAUCACAAGCAUAUCUGCGGAGGCACGAUAAUCAAUCCGAAUAGAAUCAUUACAGCAGCACAUUGUGUUUUUAAUAUAAAUAAUAUAUCUUUAUUAACAGCAGUUGCAGGAGUUGUCUCUCUAUCUGAUCAUCAUGCUGGGUCAAAACAAGAAAGAAACGUAUUGCAAGUGGUUGUAUAUCCAGAGUUUAAUUGGCAUUGGAUAACAAACGACCUGGCAAUUCUAGUUGUGGACUCUCCCUUUAUUUUUGGCCUUAAUGUUCGGCCAAUAAAUCUUCCUCCUGCAGAAUAUAACACCACAGGUAUGACUGGCACUAUAAGCGGUUGGGGUGCGACGCAAGUAAAUGGAAUUUUGUCAGAUCGUUUGAAAUCAACUUCCAUCCAUAUAAUAAGCAAUGAUGAAUGCUAUGAUUAUUUUGGUGAUGAUGUAGAUCAAGCAUGGCUGUGCACAAUGCAAUUGCCGUCGUCCCUCUGUGAUGCUUGCACGGGAGACUCGGGGGGGCCACUUGUCUGCAAUGAUUUGUUCCUGUGUGGCAUCAUCUCAUCGGGAAUCGGCUGCGGUUACAGCACAUUUCCGGCUGUCUAUACCAGGGUGUCUUAUUUCCAUGAUUGGAUCAGAAAUUCCCUUACUUUUCAGUAAAACCAUGCAAUCUAUUCGAUAUAUGUAUUAUAAGAACAUAUGAACAUCACAGAAUAUUUAUUAUUAUAUUGAGCUCAUAA